AUGUUAGGAAAUGGUUAUGGGAAAAUGGAGAAGGAAAAAUACGUGAGUGGCCAUAUCUUGCUUAUCUCUGAGUCUAAGAGCUGCCAGUCUGAGAGCUUCCAGUCAGAGAGCUGCCAGUCUGAAAGCUACCAGUCUGAGAGCUACCAGUCUGAGAGCUUCCAGUCUGAGAGCUUCCAGUCUGAGAGUUACCAGUCUGAGAGUUACCAGUCUGAGAGCUGCCAGUUUGAGAGCUGCCAGUCUGAGAGCUAUCAGUCUGUAUGCUCUCAGUCUGAGAACUGCCAGUGUGAGAGCUUCCAGUCUGAGAGCUGCCACUGCCAGUCUGAGAGCUUCCAGUCUGAGAGCUGCCAGUCUGAGAGCUUCCAGUCUGAGAGCUGCCACUCUGAGAGCGGCCAGUCUGAGAGCUACCCGCCUGAGAGCUUCCCGUCUGAGAGCUACCCGUCUGAGAGCUGCCAGUCUGAGAGCUGCCCGUCUGAAAGCUACCAGUCUGAGAGCUGCCCGUCUGAGAGCUGCCCGUCUGAGAGCUACCAGUCUGAGAGCUGCCAGUCUCAGAGCUUCCAGUCUGUAUGCUCCCAGUCUGAGAACUGCCAGUCUGAGAGCUGCCAGUCUGAGAGCUUCCAGUCUGAGAGCUGCCAGUCUGAGAGCUUCCAGUCUGAGAGCUUCCAGUCUCAGAGCUGCCAGUCUCAGAGCUACCAGUCUGAGAGCUGCCAGUCUGAGAGCUUCCAGUCUGAGAGCUGCCAGUCUGAGAGCUUCCAGUCUGAGAGCCGCCAGUCUGAGAGCUACCAGUCUGAGAGCUUCCAGUCUGUAUGCUUCCAGUCUGAGAGCUUCCAGUCUGUAUGCUUCCAGUCUGAGAGCUUCCAGUCUGUAUGCUUCCAGUCUGAGAGCUACCAGUCUGAGAGCUACCAGUCUGAGAGCUUCCAGUCAGAGAGCUGCCAAUCUCAGAGCUGCCAGUCUGAGAGCUACCAGUCUGAGAGCUCCCAGUCUGAGAGUUACCAGUCUGAGAGCUUCCAGUCUGAGAGCUUCCAGUCUGAGAGCUACCAGUCUUUAUGCUCCCAGUCUGAGAGCUGCCCGUCUGAGAGCUACCCGCCUGAGAGCUUCCCGUCUGAGAGCUACCCGUCUGAGUGCUGCCAGUCUGAGAGCUGCCCGUCUGAAAGCUACCAGUCUGAGAGCUGCCCGUCUGAGAGCUGCCCGUCUGAGAGCUACUAG